CGGAAAGAAGCAAGCGAGCUGUGCGAGAGAGUUGCGCGAGUCGUCAGUCUUGCGAUGUUGUUGGCCUGGAACGGUUCGGGGUGUCUAAUCGGGUCGCUUAGUUCGGUCGAUAUUGCUGAUUGUGGUGUGAUUUUCAGUGAAGUGUGGGGACUUGACCGUGCAGAAAUAGAUUGCAUCAACGUUGUUUCGAGGGUGCUAAAGUGAUAAUUAUCAAGUGUGUUGUACAACUGUAUGAACAGUUGUUUAUUCGCGAUAAAGUGAGCCAAUAAAUCCUGUGAGAUGUGCUGAACUCGAACUGCACUGCAGCCUGCGAAGCUAAGGAGCAAAACAAAUUCGACAAAAACGACGCAUCUCGUAGCAGUCGUCGCCAGUGCACAUAGGGCACGGGCUCUUAGCUAGGAGCACUUGCGAAGAAUAGUCCGACCUCUUCUGAGAGGAAAAUAAUCCUUCUUGCAAAUCAUACACACGUACGCGCACACACACACAAAUACUCAUUCAACAUGAUAGUGAAACUAAGUUUGCGGCAAAAAACGGCAUCGCUGGCAUGCAUCACAGCUGUAGCCUGCUUGUUGUCAUUAACGAUAGGACCACGAUUCGUACCGCAGACAUUGCUUUCGGCCCUGGUCAUGUACCUACUGAGUGGCGAUAGGCCCACCAUUGUGUACGCCACGGUCCGGACACUACCACGAGAUUUGAAUGCUGCCAUAUGUUUCAUCCGGUUAAAUCUCACCCUGUACCGGUGGGACAAACGCAAGAUGACGGUGGUGAAGGUUUUCGAGGAGCUGGCAGCCAAACAGCCCUCCAAGGUGGCCCUCGUCAUGGAUGACCAGCGGCUAACGUUCGGCGAGGUGAAGCAGCUCUCGGACCGGAUUGCCAGCUAUUUCCAUUCGAAGGGGUUCAGCAAGGGCGACACGGUGGCACUGAUGAUGGAAACCCGAACCGAGUACCCGUGCAUCUGGCUGGGGUUGGCCAAGCUUGGCGUGGUGACCGCACUGAUCAAUACCAAUCUGCGGCGGGAGACGCUAAGGCACUCGAUUGCGGUGGCUAAUUCGAAAGCAAUCAUCGUCAGUGCCGAACUAGCCGGAGCUGUCGCCGAAAUUUUGGAACAAGACGGCAUAAAGGGACUGCCCAUCUACCUCUACGGCAAUGAACAGUCGGAAAAAAAUGAUCAGUUACCAAAUGCUGACAACCUAAGACAAGCUUUGGACAAUGUACCGAGUGUGGAUUUAAGCUCUCUGUGGAAUGAUGUAUCACCGAGAGAUAAAUUAGUUUACAUUUACACCUCCGGAACGACGGGAAUGCCCAAGGCGGCUGUAAUCACCAACUCCAGAUUCAUCAUGAUGGGUACAGGUUGUUACUUCAUGCUGUCACUCAGGAACGACGACGUCAUUUACAACCCAUUACCUCUGUACCAUUCUGCCGGUGGAAUGGUAGGCAUGGGAAGUGUCCUGCUCUGUGGAUUGACCGCUGUGCUAAGGAAAAAGUUUUCCGCCUCCAAUUUCUUCCCAGACUGCAUCAAAUACAACUGCACGGUUGCCCAGUACAUUGGCGAAAUCUGUCGAUUCGUGCUGACUACUCCGCCACGACCAACCGAUAGCCAGCACAACGUUCGAAUGAUGUUUGGCAACGGGCUGCGGCCGCAGAUCUGGACUCAAUUUGUGUCCCGCUUCAACAUCAGCCAAGUUUGCGAGUUCUACGGAUCAACGGAGGGUAACUCCAAUUUGAUGAAUCUGGACAACACGGUGGGAGCAGUAGGAUUCGUUCCCGCGUUCGCGAGGACACUCUACCCGGUGACGCUGGUGAGAUGUGAGGAGGAAACCGGCGAAGUGAUUCGUGGUCCUGAUGGGUUGUGUAUUCGGUGCAAACCAGGGGAGCCGGGAGUGUUUGUCGGCAAGAUCAAUCUGAAGAAUGCUCUCAAUUCGUUUGUGGGCUACGCUGAUAAGAAGGCUUCCGAGAAGAAAGUGCUGAAGGAUGUGUUCGCGAAGGGGGACAUGUUCUUCAACUCGGGUGACAUUUUGGUGGCGGAUUUGUUCGGGUAUUACUAUUUCAAAGAUCGGACCGGGGACACGUUCAGAUGGCGUGGUGAGAACGUUGCAACAUCUGAAGUGGAGGGUGUUAUAACGAACAUCGUUGGACUCAAAGAUUGUGCUGUCUACGGAGUUGACAUUCCCGGAACAGAAGGUAAAGCCGGAAUGGCCGCCAUCGUCGAUACCGAGGGCAAGCUGGACCUAGAGCAGCUGGCUGCCGGCAUCCGCGGAAGCUUGCCUCCGUAUGCGCGACCACUGUUCAUCCGAGUCCUUUCGGAACUACCAAUGACGACGACGUUCAAGCUGAAAAAACGUGACCUUCAGAGCGAUGGAUAUGACAUCAGCAAAAUCAAUGAUCCCAUCUAUUUCCUGCAAGGAAACGGGAGCUACACCCGGUUUAGUGCCGACGAAUUUGCCACAGUGAGCAGCGGCAAGGGCAAGUUCUAGGGCGGAUGGUCCCUUCAAGCGAUAGUCAAAAUUGAAUAGCCAAAAGACAAGACAGCUUACCAAUCAAUUCCAAUCGACUGAAUAGUAUGGUUUUUAAUAGAGUUUUAUGAUGUGUCGAGUUAGUUAUAAGGAAUGAUUUUGUUUUUAGUCCGGAGUUUAUCCAAUCUGCAAGUUAUUUUUAAAAAUCUCACUUCUGGUAAGGUGAUUGUUACAUAUGCCAUCGAGUGGAACUCCAAGAUAUUCAUAGUUUAAUUGCUUCGGAAUAUAAGUUCAGUUUAAAAUAAAUAUGAAAAAUCUAGAAAAA